AACUUUCCAAUGUAUGCGACAGCUGUACACUGUAUACCAGACCGUAGAAUUGCCAGAGACUCACCAGAUGCUCCGCCAGACAUGCCGGGACUUCGCUGAAAAAGAACUGGCUCCCAUUGCUGCUGAGCUGGACAAGGAGCACCGCUAUCCCGCUGAUCAGAUCAAGAAAAUGGGAGGCCUUGGUCUGCUAGCUAUGGAUGUGCCGGAGAAAUACAUGGGAGCAGGACUUGAUUACCUGGCGUAUUCCAUUGCCAUAGAAGAAAUCAGUCGGGGCUGCGCAUCUACAGGUGUCAUCAUGAGCGUCAAUAAUUCCCUCUAUUUAGGACCAAUUCUAAAGUUUGGGUCUGAAGACCAGAAGCAGAAGUGGAUUGCUCCCUUCACCAGUGGGGAUAAAGUUGGUUGCUUUGCCCUCAGUGAACCAGGAAACGGCAGCGAUGCAGGAGCCGCUUCGACAGUUGCCCGGCUCGUUGGCAAUGAAUGGGUCAUAAAUGGCACCAAAGCCUGGAUCACCAAUGCCUGGGAUGCCAGUGCGACUGUGGUGUUUGCCACCACAGACAAAUCCCUGAAACAUAAGGGCAUUAGUGCCUUCAUUGUUCCAAUGCCAACCCCGGGCUUGUCUCUGGGCAAGAAAGAAGACAAGUUGGGGAUCAGAGCAUCAUCCACUGCCAAUCUCAUCUUUGAGGACUGUUGUAUUCCCAAGGACAACAUGCUGGGGGAGCAGGGAAUGGGCUUCAAAAUUGCCAUGCAAACCUUGGACUGUGGCAGGAUCGGAAUUGCCUCACAGGCUCUGGGAGUAGCCCAGGCAGCUCUAGACUGUGCUGUGGAUUACUCUGAAAAGAGGAUGGCCUUUGGUGCUCCCAUCACUAAGUUGCAGGCCAUUCAGUUCAAGUUGGCUGACAUGGCCCUGGCGCUUGAGAGUGCCCGUCUGCUGACCUGGAGAGCAGCUAUGUUGAAGGACAAUGGGAAGCCCUUCACCAAGGAAGCUGCAAUGGCCAAGCUGGCUGCUUCUGAGGCGGCGACUGCCAUUUCCCAUCAGGCUAUCCAGAUACUGGGAGGGAUGGGCUACGUGACAGAAAUGCCAGCAGAACGGCACUACCGUGAUGCUCGAAUCACUGAGAUCUACGAGGGAACCAGUGAGAUACAGAGGCUGGUGAUCGCAGGGCAACUGCUGAAGGAGUACCGAGGUUGAAGUCACAGGGCUGGGGAAGGGGAAGACUUGUGUUUAAGUGCCUCUUGGUAGUAGACUGUGCUUUGGGCAAAAACACUUGCCAGUUGGGUGCCAA